UCUCUCUCUCUUUCUCUCUCUCUGUCUUCUCCGAAACUCGUCUGUAUUAUUAUUACUAAUGUGUAGCAUAGAAGAAUCCGAAUAAUUUUCCAGCAUCUAUAUAAUAUAUUCCCUUAUAUAUAUAUUAAUUUGGAUUGAUUUCUGAGGCAGCAUAUGAUUUUAAGUUGGAUCAGUAGAAGAAACUUAGAGGAAAUUAUCAAAUCCAUAAUGACUUCGGCCCUGGAUCUCCUUCCCCUUCAACACCAGGGGGAGAUGGAGAUGGAAAGCAAAGUAGAUAAUUGUGACAACCACGGUGGGGUGUGUGCAAUUUGUUUGGAUGAGAUUGUGCUUCAGGAAACUGCUCUUGUAAAAGGUUGCGAGCAUGCCUACUGUGCAACUUGCAUUCUUCGUUGGGUGACAUACAGCAAAUCACCCACGUGCCCUCAGUGCAAACAUCCAUUCGAGUUCCUGAAUGUCCAUCGGUCACUUGAUGGCAGCUUACAUGAUUAUAUGUUCGAGGAGAGUGUGUGUCUACUGCUUAGAGCCACAUGGUUUGAGCCUCUAGUUGUGGAGGAUCGUGAAGAUGUUUAUGCAUAUGAUGAUCAUGAAGAUUAUUAUCCGUACGAGGAUGAAGAGGACGACCUAGAUGAAGCUUACUUCAGCAGUUCAUCGAGUAUCCGUAUUGGUAAUCGAAGGUGGGGGGAUAAUGGGUAUGUGAGCGCUGGACGGCAAGAAGCAAGGCCUGUUCACAGAUCAAACAUCCAGGAAGCGGGUGCUAGUUCAUCUCGUGAACCUAGAAAGAAAGAGGCUUCAAUGGAUAAAACUGGGAGACGGGCAAAGAGGGCACUUAAGCGAGAAGCUGCGGAUAAGGCUGCUGCAGCAAAACAUCAGCUUCAUUUGGCAAGGUUGGGCCGGAAGUGACUCCUGCUACAUCAUAUGCCAGCUCAUCAACCCCAGCCCAAUCUCCUGUACAGUUUCCGUGACUUUUUCUUUUUUCCUUGAGUACUCUCCAACUGUGAAAUAAUGUAGCGUUAUACCAGAAAGAGGGAAGAAAAAAAAUAAAGAGGACACCGUCAAAUAAUAACUGACUGGUACUCCAUUUGUAUCCUUUUAGUAUUACAAUGCUUUGCUUUCCUACUGUCUCCUCUUCAUUGUUUGAUAGUUGUUUAGGCCAUUUCGGUCUUUGUUCAUGUGUUUUGAUCUUUAUUGUGGUUGAUGAGGAAGUCUAUGCAUUAAAAGA